AUGCUUUGUGUCCCCUUUGCCGUCUCGGUUUUUACCCAGACAAUCAAUCUCACCGGCGGCAGCGAACUCAAAGACCCCAUUUUCGCCGGACGGAAAGAUCCGGCGGCGCCGGAAUGGAACAGAUCCCUGAGCAUCGGCGGCUGCGGGGGCAGAUUUAAGGGCAGUGAGUCGUACGCGCCGCCGGGCCCCGAUACGUCGGCAGUCGGGUUGUUGAGGUCCCCCAGGAGCCCGAGCGAGGCAAGGAAGCUGGGGGAUUUCCGGUGGGUCGGGCCGGAGAAGGUCGUGGUGUGCGGUGGAGGAGGCGGCGGCGAAGUGGCCGUUUUGGGAGUAGUCGGCGCCGAAGCCGCUCAUCUCCUGCACGAUCUGCUGGAUCUCGGCGGUGCUAGCGGCGGUGGUGUAGCAGUGCUCCAUCUCCACGGCGAUCUGGUUCUGAAACUCCAUUUCCAUGGCGGAGAUGGCGGCGGCCGCCGCCGAGGGUUCGUGCUGGUCGUGAAUCGGGAAAUUAGGGUUUUGGGAUUGAGGAAAUCCAUCUCCUUCGUGCAAAUUGCAGAAUCUCAUAUCUUGGGCCCCAACAAUGAUCUUCUCCACUUUUUCAGAAUGAUUUUGCACUGA